AUGGGAUACAGCUACUACCUACCCAAGGUCCAGGGAAAUGAUGAGCAGCACAAGCAUCAUUGGAUCACAGCAGUUGUCUGGCUGGCUGUCGAUAAGUGUUCUGAUGAUAUCGCCAACUUCUCGCCCCGUGGUGUCGCGUACUCGACGAAUCCACAAGGCGCUUUCGACACCACACACACCACCAAUACCCUGUUCGUCAGUUGGGAGAACUCAGUAACAGCAACACGCCCUAUUCUAGCUUACGACGCCGGAGUCCCUCUUUUGCCUUCUGCCAAUGGCCCCGAAGGAGCCUUGAGCCCUCCCCUCGUCGCUUGGGAUCGCCUUCCGGCGGCGGCGAAACAACAACUCGACGGCAUCCGAUAUGAGCACACCAGAGUCCCCUUCAGCGAUGCAAACUUCCAGGGGACUCUCGACUCUGCCUACAGCGGUACUUUCUUCACUGGCGUUGGUCCAGAUGGUACAGAUUGUGGUGAUGAUACACCUUCGCAGGAUGAGAUUGAUCCCGAUUUCGGAGAGCCGGUCCCUUCGUCGACUGCGGUGCCUGAGCCCGAGCCCGAAGCAACCGGUAUUUCUAGGUGAAGAGUUGGACCAGUGAGGACAUAAAGAUGGAAUUCAAGCCGUAAGCCAUCUUGAAGGCAGAAGAGUGUACCAGUCUACCAUUUCUUUAUAGUGGCUACUUAAUCAAUACUGCCCGUACAAUGGUGUUUCCAGGGUUUCGAUGUCAUCCAUGGUUUCUUAGAAGGGUCCGUCUGUGUUACGGCCUGGACUUGCGGAUGGAGCUUGAGAAUGUUGUAGCCAGGUGUAGAAUUCGCAUGUGUGAUGUCAAUUAUUGGGACAAAUCAUGAUGUGAAAAGGACUCAUGGAAAUAGACAGAUAUCAGCAAGAAACAGUUUACCUUCUU